AUGGGACGUCAGCUAAAAGCAACCGGCCUCAUCAAUCCAUCGGAUCAUACCCCCUCUGUAGCUGAAUUUGCUCUGAACAUGGGCAAUUUGUGCUCGACCCCAGUUCGAAUAGAACAGGAUUUACCCAUGUCCUAUCUGAAUGGCCUGAUCACGGGAGGUGAAAUUACACCUGCUACCUCCACCGGAGGUUUGAGCACGACUAACCCGUUAGGCAGUUGGAAUCCAACCCUCACUACGGAAUCUAUGCUGGCUUUGUUACGACCUCAUCUUUUGGCCCGAAUCUAUGCUGCCGCUGUUCUUCAGACCCAAUCCGAAGGAAGUGACACUCAACCACUUAUUGCUCCAUGUGACCGGACCGUGAUGGGGAGUCAGAAGUAUUUCAAGCCCAAUUUCAUGGACAAUAGUGUUCCGCUCUCUUAUAAACAGUUGACAGUUGGUAAGUUCCGAAUUUCGUAA